AUGGCAACGGAUCGACCGCGUCGCAACUUCAAUCCAAAGAAGACUAGACGGUAUGGACGCCAGACUUUUGACCCAGAUUACCUGGUCAAGUACAGUCCGAAAUGGCAAUACUCACGUCUCUUCAACUUCCCAUAUCCUGGCGCCCAUUGGCAACCACGGAUGCGGACCAUAGUGAUCGCUGUCGAUGGAGGUUCCCGUGGCAACAAUCGCAACGAUCCCAAAUCUCGAGCUGCUUACGGCGUCUUUUUUGGUCCAAACUGCCCACGCAACACACACGGUUUGGUGUCUCAGAGUGCCCCGCAAACAAGCUCCCGUGCGGAACUUGAAGCAGUCCGCAAAGCUCUGGAGCUCGUUCAAGGCAUGAAACAAGCCGGCGAAAUCGAGGACUGGCGUGAGGUUAUCAUCAAGCUGGACUCCGACUACGUGGCGAAGAGCCUGAGUGAAUACGUCUGGAUCUGGGAGAAGAACGGCUUCAAGACCAAAAACGGCGCACCAGUUGAACACGGUGACCUGAUUCGCGAGAUGCAUGACACCAUCACGCAGUUGGAGCAGAAUGGAGCGGUACGGUUCUGGAGGGUUGGUCGUGAAUGGAAUCGAGAAGCCGAUGCGUUGGUGAACCAAGCCUUGGAUGAUGCGGCUGACAGCGGUUAUGGAGAUGCGUGA